AUGCCUGUAGAGAAUGAGCAAGUUGAAGCGGCGCCAGCUGCAGUACAUCUUUUUUCUAUGAACAUUCCAUUUCCAAAACCCUUAGAUUUGAAAGGUGACCUCGCCUUAAACUGGAAACAUUUCAAACGAGUGUGGGAAAAUUAUGAGAUCGCUACCGGGUUAAGGGAAAGAGAUUCCCAACUUCGGUGUGCAACAUUCCUCACUUGUUUAGGAUCAGAUGGGUUACAUGUUGUGGAUGGACUAAAAUUUGAUUCAGAUGAAGACAAAAAGAAUAUUGAUAAGGUUAUUACUGCACUUGACACUUACUGUGUAGGUCAAACCAACGUCAUAUAUGAGCGUUAUACAUUUAAUUGUAGAAAUCAGGAACAGUCAGAACUUAUAGAUGCAUAUGUUGCAGAAUUGCGUACACUAGUGAAAACAUGUAAAUUCGGAGACAUGGAGGAUGAGAUGAUAAGGGAUCGCAUUGUUAUCGGAGUUCGAGAUAACCAUACCCGUAAAAAGUUGUUACAGGAGAAGAAUCUAGACCUUCAGCGUUGCAUAGAUAUAUGCCGUUCGAAUGAGAAAUCUGAAUCUCAGCUCAAGUCUAUUGCAGAUGUUCACCAUGUCAAGGUCAAGCAGAAAAUGAAACCAGAUAAUCGUGGUAAGACUGAGAAACGUAGAGACACACAAUCCAUACCAACUAUUCAGUCAUGUCGAUACUGUGGGAGAACACAUCCGCGCAGUCGAGAGAAAUGCCCAGCGUUUGGACAGACUUGCAACUCGUGUGGUGAGCAGAACCAUUUCGAAAGGAAGUGUCCUAACAAAGAGCCUCCUAGAGCAAAACACCGUGAAAAACGUCGUGGUACAUGGAAUCGCAGAAAGUCACAAGUUCAUGAUAUAAAGACCCAUGAAAGCGACUCAUCUGAUGAACUCGUUCUCGUAAUUGAACAAGUGCACUCACUUUCAUCGAAACGUCAUACAGCUGUAAUGAAUAUCCAGGACAAAUAUGUGGAGUUCCAAUUGGACAAUGGAUCUACAGCUAAUAUCUUACCUGCUCAUGUGUACGUGCGUCUCACAACUGACAAGGAAUUUCAGAAUCUGAAGAAAACUGAUGUUACCCUACAGAUGUACAACAAAACUGAAACUAAAGCCUUGGGCACCAUCAGGAUGUCUGUUCGAAAUCCGUGCAAUCGAAAAAAGUACAAUCUAGAAUUCGUCAUUGUGCCAGGCAAAGAACUACAUUGUAUUUUGGGUAAACGAGCUAUUGAAGGAAUGGAACUUAUUACUGUGCAUACGGACAAAUUCCUCACAAAGACACAAGUUCAGAAUGACGUCAUUUCGCAGAUUGACAUUAAAGAAGAAAUUAAUGAGAAGUAUGCAAAUGUGUUCAAGGAUCUAGGAAAACUGGACGGUAAGCUACAUUUGGAGGUCAAGGACAGUGUGCGACCUGUACAGUUACCGCCUCGGAAAAUACCAUUAGCCUUGAAACCAAAAGUGAAAGAAGAGCUAAACAGACUGGAGAAAUUAGGUGUCAUUAAACCAGUAAACACACCGACUGACUGGGUAUCUGCCUUAGUGGUGGCUCCUAAACGCAAUGGUGACAUUCGCCUGUGUAUUGAUCCGAAACCACUCAACGAGGCAUUAAUGCGGAACCAUUACCCAACACCUACUAUUGAGGAUAUUUUACCUGACUUGCAUCAAGCUCGUAUUUUCUCCAUUGUUGACGCAAAAGAUGGGUUUUGGCACAUUGAGCUCGACAGUGAGAGCAGCUAUCUAACUACAUUUGCUACACCAUGGGGCAAAUAUCGCUGGUUGAGGAUGCCAUUUGGAAUCUCGGUAGCACCUGAGGAGUUCCAAAGGAGAAUGGACGACGCCUUAAGUGGUAUUCCAGGCAUCAGACCUAUACAUGAUGAUGUGCUAAUUUAUGGCUGUGGUGAGACAGACGAAGAAGCUGAAAGGGAUCAUGAUGUGAAAUUUCGAGCUCUAAUGCAGAGAUGCAUAGAGAAAAACAUAAGGCUUAACCAAAGUAAGAUGAAACUUAAGCUCACAUCAGUUACUUAUCUGGGAUAUGUGAUCAGCAAGGAUGGGUUAAGUGUUGACCCACAGAAACUCAAGGCGAUACAUGAGAUGCCUACCCCAGAAGACAAGGCAGGAAUUCAGAGAUUAUUGGGAAUGACAAAUUUUGUGCAACGUUUUGCACCGCAGUUGUCCGAGAUAACAAGUCCACUUCGAGAUCUUCUGAAAGCAGAGACUCACUUUGCAUGGGAUCCGGAUAUCCAUGGACAAGCAUUUGACAAGGUCAAGGACACAUUAUCUCGUGCACCUGUUCUCAAAUUUUUUGAUGCCAAGAAGAAACGGACUUUGCAGUGUGAUGCCUCUUCUACUGGACUAGGCGCAUGCCUUAUGCAAGAAAAUCAUCCUAUCGCAUAUGCUUCACGUUCGCUGACAGCCACAGAACAAAAUUAUGCACAGAUAGAAAAAGAGACUUUAGCCGCAGUGUUUGGCAUGGAACAUUUCGAGAAUUACACAUAUGGACGGCAUGUUAAUAUACAGUCUGACCAUAAACCCCUGGAAAUCAUUGUACGUAAAAACCUUCACAGUGCACCCAAGCGUCUUCAGCGAAUGCUAUUAAGACUGCAGAAAUUUGACUACAGCAUUGAGUACAAGAAGGGCACAGAGAUGUAUUUUGCUGACACCUUAAGUAGGGCCUAUCUUAUCACUGAUUCUGAUUCAGUUGAGGAGAACAUGCAUGACAUACACAGCAUCAACCACCGCACCUACUUAGCAAUAUCUGAGGAACGAUAUUCACAGAUAAAGGAAGCUACAGAAAGGGAUGACUCUCUACAGUUAUUGAAGAAGAUCAUACUUGAGGGAUGGCCUGACUCGUCAAAGGAAGUCCACCCUGAUAUACAAGUGUAUUUUCCAUUUAGAGAGGAGUUAGUCGUUCAGAAUGGUGUCAUCUAUAAGGCCGAGCGAGUUGUUGUACCUAAAUCUAUCACACAUAGUAUAGUACAGCGUAUACAUAACUCUCAUAUUGGUAUCCAAGGAUGUAUCCGUCGUGCCCAGGACUAUGUCUACUGGCCAAAUAUGUCGAAGGACAUUGAAUCGUACAUUGGUCAAUGUGCUGCAUGUAAUACUUACCAGGAUGAUCAACAGAAGGAACCUAUGAUCAGCCAUGAGAUUCCUGCUCGUCCGUGGCAAACCAUAGGAUGUGAUCUUUUUGAAUGUGAAGGCAAAGAUUACCUCAUACUCGCAGACUAUUAUUCAGAUUACUUUGAGGUGGAAAGACUUCAUAGUAAAACAGGAAGUUCGAUCAUUCGCAUGAUGAAAUCGCAAUUCGCACGUCAUGGAAUUCCAGAUCGAGUAAUAUCAGACAAUGGACCGCCAUUUGGAAGCCGGGAGUUUACAGAGUUCAGUAAAAGCUACGAAUUUGAGCACGUUACAUCAUCGCCCAGAUAUGCGCAAUCUAAUGGCAAGGCGGAGAACUCUGUAAAGAUUGCCAAACGACUUAUUCACAAGUGUAUAAUGGACGGAAAAGAUCCAUUCUUGGCGCUCCUGGAUCUACGCAAUACGCCUACUCAAGGAAUAGGCUACUCACCUGCACAACGAAUCUUUGGUAGACGCACUAAGACACUAUUACCAGUAGCGGAACAUCUACUCAGACCACGUUAUGCUGACCACACCAGGGAAAAACUCUUUGAACGCAAGGAACGUCAGACAUACUACUAUAAUCGAGGAGCUAAGGAACUAAAACCCUUAUCAGAAGGAGAUAUUGUUCGCAUCAGACCUACAGGAAAUGAAAAAGGAUGGAAAAAAGCAUUUGUUCAGGAACAGAGUGAUGUCAGAUCGUACAAAGUUAGAACUGAGGAUGGACGUGUAUACAGACGCAAUCGACGUCAUCUCCGAUUUAGUCGAGAACCAUUCCGUCCUGAUCAUGAAAAUUCAGAGCCUGAACCGCUGACUGACCAAUCACAGCACAAUGAUGAUCCAGUUCCUACAAUAGGCAGCAGUGAACCAAGUCCAGCUCCACCAAUAUCAGAACUACGCAAUACACUAGAUUCCGCACCUGUUCAGUGUCCAAAGCAACCAGUCUCUUCAAGUCCGGUGAAGACACGCAGUGGUCGUGUAGUUGUAAAACCAAUGCGUUAUCGUGAUGUGUAG